AUGUCUACGUCCCCGGAGACUUCACACUUAUGUUUGUUGCCCACGGAACUGGUUAUCCAGAUAUUCAGUGACCUUGAUAUCAGAAGUCUGUUAGUCUGCAAACAGGUUUGCCGCUUGUUCAAAGACAUCAUCGUGGAUGCUGCAGCAAUUCAGUACAAGAUUGAGCUCCUCGUCUCCGGGAUGGACGAUGGGCCUCCGAGCGGCAUGAGUGCGGCGGAGCGUCUACAGAUGCUGAAGCGUCAUCGGAAUGCCUGGAAUAAUUUGAGGUUCAGUUCGGAGAAGACCAUACCUAUGCUCAAGGGUGAGGUCUGGGAAUUGUACGGAGGAGUGCUCUCCCAGGCUAGAGGUCCCCAAAGCCUCGCAUUCAAGCAGCUGCCUUCAGUCAUCCGUGGAAUCGAGGAAAAAGAAUGGAUCGUGCAGGAUUUAGAGUUCAGAAUCCGAGACUUCGGUAUGGAUCCUUCUCAGGACCUUCUAGUUGUCAUUGAAAGUCACAGUGCCCACAAUCAAGCGUUCUGCAUUCACUUGCUCAAUCUUUAUACUGGUACACCUCAUACUUCAGCGCCCCAUCCUGCCAUCCUCGAACACAUCCCAAGCGGCGACAAUUAUUCCUAUGCGAUUCAGAUAUCUGCUCAGUUCCUAGGCGUGUUAUUCAUUAGUGGGAAUGACAAUGACAGUGAAUUACUAGUCUGGAACUGGAGGACAGGCAGUCGUCAUCUGUGGUUGUGCGGACCAGACUCGGCGUCCUUUACCUUCCUGUCCGACCGUCACAUCAUAAUAGGUGCAAUUGACCGUGACGAUGAUGAGCUGCAUGAGCGGCAGCCGGAGCCAGAGCUCAUAGUCAUGGACUUUCUCAAUACGUCUGGCGAGAAGAUAAUAACGAAGAGCGCAGACUUUCUGUGCGCUUUCCAUUUCCCACUUCUAAGCUAUUGGGCGACCCCCUUGGCGAUGUCGAUUCGCUCGGAUCCAGCACCAUCCUGGCGUCCUAACCCCGACCUCCAAGUCCCAUUCUACGCUGCCAAGAACGACAGAUUGUUUGUUAUCACCUUCUGGAUGGCCGAUGCUCUCACUGUCCGGACAUUUCUGCUCUUCGUGCCUUCGUCCACCAUAUCGUCUCACCUCGACUCGAUGACUCUGGGCGAGACGAAGCAUCAUGUUACAUGGGAGGAAUGGGGUCCUAAAGGUACGCGAAUGAUUCCCGCGUCGCCAGGCCACUCCUCCGUCUGGGUAUGCUACGUUUUCGGGAUGAAGUUCGUCUCUCCGACACGAAAGGAUGGGCGGAAAUCGAUUGAUAUCUACGACUUCAAUCCUUUGGCUCUGCGACGCUCAGAAGGUGGCCCCACGCCAAUGGUAAACGAGACGGCGAUGCAGAACGGCCGGAUAUUCCAACACGAGGUUACAACAUCAUUGCCUUAUCGCCGGUGGACCCUGACUCCCCCAGCUCUUGAGGGCGAGCGCGACUUUGACGCCGUGAUGCUGAGCGAGGAUACCUUGCUUACCGUGUCAUCCGAAUCUAACGUCCGGUGGUACCGCAUCUUGACGUUGUGA